UGUGCCAACCUAGUAGCCGUAGGGAAAUACAAACGUUGCCUUAGCAACGAGCUAGGGCACGCCAGGAGUUAUGGUCAUCAACAGGUUUAAUUUCAACAUUAAUUAAAGAAAACUUAACUAAAAUACACGAUGGAAACAACAAGCAAUUCUUCCGUGUUUCUUCUUACGGUGAACGGACAAAUUGAGGGAGCGAACUUUCCAGAUUAUGACAAUUUGUACUGUAAAUAUUGUUACGUCUACGGCCAUGACUGGGCUCCCACCACAGGCUUGGAGGAAGGCAUCACUCAGAUCACCUCUAAAAGCUCCCAGUCUCACAAGUUAAUAUGGAACUUCCCUUUGGAGACAACAUUCAAGAGUACAAGUCCUUCUGGAUGGCCUCAGCUUGUGGUGAGCGUGUACGGACCGGACAUUUUUGGCAACGAUGUGGUCAGGGGUUAUGGAGCAACGCACAUUCCAUUCACACCUGGACAACACAUAAGAACCAUCCCGAUGUUUGUUCCCGAGCCCACAUGGAGGCUUCAGAAGUUCACAGGCUGGUUGCUAGGACGACGACCCGAGUACACCGAUCCCAAAGUGGUGGCACAUGGGGAAGGCCGAGAAGUGACGAGGGUUCGAUCUCAGGGCUUCGUCACCGUCUCCUUCCACAUAAUGACCAAAGACAUGAAGAGGAUGGGCUACGACACGGGACCAACGAACUCGUCAACCGUCCAGUCCGCCACUUCCAGUCAGUCAAGAGAUGUACAAUAAUACGUGAAGUAACAUGAAAGCCAACUGGAGUCACGACAUGUCAGUUGUCACUGUGACUGAACUCCAGCCCAGAUUGGACUCCAAACACUGGAAACUCAUGGAGUCUUGUUUUGAGACCCCAGCUCAAAACCAGAGCUGUGCGUUCUGAUCGCUCCUCAAAGUUGCCUACAGAGUGAUGUCUGUGGAGUGGAGGGGCUUGGUAAAAGCCUCAGACUCUGCUGGUGUUGCAUUCCACGCCGCAGGAGGCUGUGAUGUUGAGGGAGAGGUCCAUGUUGCCAUGUUGUCAUGUUGUGUCUACGCAAAAUGUGAAUAUUGGUUAUAAAAUGUCAAAGCCCCAUGCUGAA